AGCCACGCGCGGCAUCACAGCACCAGUGCUUCUCUAUAAAUAAAGGUGUAGCAUCGAGUUUUUUGCCCAGUCUUGAUAAUACAGACGUGUGCGACCCAUCACCCGCAGUAGCGCAGUGUCAGCCGUAGUUCAAAAGAGCACACAGUCAGUCAGUGGUGAACCGUGAUUAAGUGAUUUAGAGAGGUGUAGUAGAGUGCCGCUUGGAACCAGAAGCCGCGAAGAAUCAAAAUGAAGCGAUUGUUGGUGUUUGCCGCCCUGGUGGGUCUCUCGAUGGCCCAGUUCCCAAACGGACGAGUGCUGGAAGCUCCCAAUCCGCAGCUUUGCGCCAACCGAAUUAUUCACGAGCGAGCUCCCGAUGGCAAGGGAUACUUCUUCUCGUGGCGCGACCCAACUCUGCAGGGUGCGGAAAAGGACUGGCUGGACGCAAGGAACUUCUGCCGUCAGCGGUGCAUGGACAGCGUCUCCGUCGAAACCAGCCCGGAAAAUGAGUGGAUCAAGCAGAGGAUCGUCGACGGCAAGCAAAAAUACAUCUGGACCAGCGGCCGCCAGUGCGACUUCAAGGGCUGUGACCGACCGGAUCUCCAGCCGGUGUCCGUCAACGGGUGGUUCUGGACCGCCGAGCUGCAGAAGCUGGCCCCAGCCAACGUGCGCAACCAGAACGACUGGUCCGAGCAGGGAGGAAUUGGCAAACCGCAACCGGACAACCGCGAGCUGCUGCAGGGUGGUGCCCCCGAGAACUGCCUGGCCAUCCUGAACAACUUCUACAACGAUGGAGUGCACUGGCACGACGUUGCCUGCCACCACGUGAAACCGUGGGUGUGCGAAGAGAACGACGCCCUGCUGAAGUACGUCAAGUACACCAACCCGGGAUUGCGCAUCUAGAAAGCUUUCGUGGGAACUCGGGAAAUUACCAAAAUUUAUUCACGUUCUUGGUUCACACAGCUCGCGACGUAUGUUUUGGGUGAUACAAGAACCGAUACAAAUUUUCUCACGUAAGUUAGUAUUAGGAACGUGCUAGAUUGUAAGAUUGAAACUCAGAGAAGCAUCAUACGCAUACGACUGCCAGUUUAGGUUCAUGGACGAAGGAGUAAGUAGAUCAUUUGCUGUUUUCUGUCAUCGGUUGAAUCUUAUGAUUUGAAAUUUUUAAUGAUUUUAUAUUUAUUGAAUAAAAUUUUGAAAAACUGCCAAAAGCAUAAAAGUA